AUGUUCAAUGUUUACAACGCCUUAAAAUCAAGCCCCGGGGAGCGAGACUACACCUUCAAGCCCCGGGGAGUGAGGCUACAACUUCAAGCCCCGGGGAGCGAGGCUACACCUUCAAGGCCCGGGAAGCGGGGCUACACCUGCAAGCCCCGGGGAGCGAGGCUACACCUUCAAGCCCCGGAGAGCGAGACUACACCUUCAAGGCCUGGGAAGCGAGGCUACACCUUCAAGCCCCGGAGAGCGAGGCUACACCUUCAAGCCCCGGGGAGCGGGGCUACACCUUCAAGCCCGGAGAGCGAGACUACACCUUCAAGGCCCGGGGAGCGAGGCUACAACUUCAAGCCCCGGGGAGUGAGGCUACACCUUCAAGCCCCGGGGAGUGAGGCUACACCUUCAAGCCACGGAGAGCGAGACUUCACCUUCAAGACCCGGGGGGGGGGGGGCGAGGCUACACCUUCAAGGCCCGGGGAGCGAGGCUACACCUUCAAGCCCCGGGGAGCGAGGCUACACCUUCAAGCCCCGGGGAGCUAG